GCCCUGCCGGCCACAGCCUUCGGCUCCCGCCGCCCCGCAGUUGGGCUGGGGCUCCACGCGGGGACCCUCGUCCCGUCCUCCUCCCUGGCGGGCCCCCCAGGCCGGCAGAGAGGUCGGACCCCGGGCAGGUCUCCGCAGAGGCUGGGUCCUCGAGGCUGUGGCUGCAGUGCCCCUCGCCGGCCACGUCAUGUCGCAGGCCUCUGCAAUGUCGCCACCUCUGCGCUCCCUCCUCCUGGCCCUGGGCCUGGGGCUGGCUGGAACCCUCAAGCCCAAUGACCCCAAUACCUGCAGCUUCUGGGAAAGCUUCACCACCACCACCAAGGAGUCCCACUCCCGGCCUUUCAGUCUGCUCCCCCCGGAGACCUGCAGUCGGCCCUGGCAGAGCCCCCACUCCUGCCCUCAGCCCACGGUUGUCUACAGGACUGUCUACCGCCAGGUGGUGAAGACGGACCACCGGAAGCGCCUGAAGUGCUGCCAGGGCUUCUACGAGAGCCGUGAGGCCUGCGUGCCACUUUGUGUCCAGGAGUGUGUGCAUGGCCGCUGUGUGGCCCCCAAUCAGUGCCAGUGUGUGCCAGGCUGGCGAGGUGACGACUGCUCCAGUGACUGUCCCCCGGGAGUGUGGGGACCACAGUGUGACAAGCCCUGCAGCUGUGGCAACAGCAGCUCCUGUGACCCCAAGAGUGGGGCAUGUUCCUGCCCCUCUGGGCUGCAGCCCCCCCACUGCCUUCAGCCCUGCUCCCCUGGCCGUUAUGGCCCUGCCUGCCAGCUCUCCUGCAACUGCCACGGGGCACCCUGUGACCCCCAGACUGGAGCCUGCUUCUGCCCCCCAGAGAGAACGGGGCCCAGCUGUGAGGUGUCCUGUCUCCAGGACACUGUUGGCUUCCACUGCCCCAGCACCUCUCCUUGCCACAACGGGGGUGUCUUCGAGGCCUCCCGAGGCUCCUGCAGCUGCCCACCUGGCUGGAUGGGCGCCAUCUGCACCCUGCCCUGCGCCCAGGGCUUCCAUGGACCCAACUGCUCCCAGGAAUGUCGCUGUCAUAACGGUGGCCUCUGCAACCCGUUGACUGGGCAGUGCAGCUGCGCUCCUGGCUACACGGGGGAGCGGUGCCGAGAGGAGUGCCCGGUGGGCCACUUCGGACAGGACUGUGUGGAGACGUGCGACUGCGCCCCCGGGGCCCGCUGCUUCCCCAACGGCGCGUGUCUGUGCGAACACGGCUUCACCGGGGACCGCUGCACCGAGCGCCUCUGCCCCGACGGCUUCUAUGGCCUCAGCUGCCAGAUGCCCUGCACCUGCGACCCAGAGCACAGCCUCAGCUGCCACCCGAUGAGCGGGGAGUGCUCGUGCCAGCCGGGCUGGGCCGGCCUUCACUGCAACGAGAGCUGCCCGCUGGACACGCACGGGCCCGGCUGCCGGGAGCAUUGCCUCUGCCUGCACGGCGGCCUCUGCCUGCCCGACAGCGGCCUCUGCCGGUGCGCGCCCGGCUACACGGGCCGGCACUGCGCUAGCCUCUGUCCGCCCGACACUUACGGACUCAACUGCUCCUCUCGCUGCUCCUGCGAGAAUGCCAUCGCCUGCUCCCCUAUCGACGGCGCCUGCAUCUGCAAGGAAGGUUGGCAGCGUGGUAACUGCUCUGUGCCCUGCCCACCUGGAACCUGGGGAUUCGGUUGUAAUGCCAGCUGCCAGUGUGCCCACGAGGCAGCCUGCAGCCCCCAGACUGGAGCCUGUACCUGCACCCCUGGGUGGCACGGGGUCCACUGCCAGCUCUCCUGUCCAAAGGGGAAGUUUGGUGAAGGCUGUGCACAUCACUGUGACUGUGACCACUCUGAUGGCUGUGACCCUGUUCAUGGACACUGCCAGUGCCAGGCUGGCUGGACAGGUACCCGCUGCCACCUGCCCUGCCCUGAGGGCUUCUGGGGAGCCAACUGUAGCAACACCUGCACCUGCAAGAAUGGGGGCACCUGCCUCCCCGAGAAUGGCAACUGUGUGUGUGUGCCUGGAUUCCGGGGUCCCUCCUGCCAGAGACCCUGCCAGCCUGGCCGCUAUGGCAAACGCUGUGUGCCCUGCAAGUGUGCUAACCACUCCUCCUGCCACCCCUCCAAUGGAACCUGCUACUGCCUGGCUGGCUGGACUGGCUCAGACUGUUCUCAACCAUGCCCUCCAGGACGCUGGGGAGACAGCUGCGCCCAGCCCUGCCAGUGUCACCAUGGCGGGACCUGCCACCCCCAGGAUGGAAGCUGUUUUUGCCCCCCAGGCUGGACCGGACACCUCUGCUUGGAAGGCUGUUCUCCAGGGAUGUUUGGUGCCAAUUGCUCCCAACCAUGCCAGUGUGGUUUUGGAGAGAGGUGCCACCCAGAGACCGGGGCCUGUGUGUGUCCUCCAGGGCACAGUGGUGCCCCCUGCAGGAUUGGAAGCCAGGAGCCCUUCACCAUGACGCCUACCUUUCCAGUGCCCUAUAACUCACUGGGGGCCGUGAUUGGCAUCGCAGUGCUGGGGUCCCUGGUGGUGGCCCUGGUGGCAUCGUUCAUCGGCUACCGCCGUUGGCAAAAAGGCAAGCAGCACCAACACCUGGCAGUGGCGUACAGCAGCGGGCGACUGGACGGCUCUGAGUACGUCAUGCCAGAUAUCCCUCUGAGCUACAGUCACUACUACUCAAACCCCAGCUACCACACCCUAUCCCAGUGCUCACCUAACCCUCCACCCCCUAACAAGGUUCCCGGCAAUCAGCUCUUUGCCAGCCUCCAGGCGCCUGAGCGGCCAGGUGGGGCCCAUGGGCCUGACAACCACACCACGCUGCCUGCGGACUGGAAGCACCUGGACAGGGGUAGCAGCCGCUUGGACCGAAGCUACAGCUGUAGCUAUGGCAACAGUAAUGGCCUAGGCCCAUUCUACGGUAAAGGACCCAUCUCUGAAGACGGGCUGGGGGCCAGUAUGGCUUCCCUGAGCAGUGAGAACCCCUACGCCACCAUCCGGGACCUGCCCAGCCUGCUAGGGGGCCCCCGGGAGAGCAGCUAUGUGGAAAUGAAAGGCCCCCCCUCAGGAUCUCCCCACAGGCAGCCUCCUCAGCUCCCAGCCAGCCAGAGGCCGCAAUACCCCCAGCCACAGCCACAGCCGCAGCCGCAGCCGCAGAGAGACAGUGGCACCUAUGAGCAGCCUAGUGUUCUGCCCCAUGACCCAGACUCCGUGGGCUCCCAGCACCCCCAGCCUCUGGGCCCGACCCCCGGCCACUAUGACUCGCCCAAGAACAGCCACAUCCCUGGACACUAUGACUUGCCUCCUGUACGGCACCCCCCAUCCCCCCCACUUUAGCGCCGGGACCCCUGAGGGGCCAAGAUGGUGUGCAGAGGCCAGCGCACCUGUUGUUGCUGCCCAAGGCUGGGGACAGAGCCGGCUGAACCCUGCCAGGAGCAGGGGAGGUCUGGCAGGCCGUGAACAUGAACAUGUUUAUGAACAAGUUUAAGAGAGGAAGUGACGGAGAGAUGGGAGCCUGGCUCCCGCCUCCACCCUGGGACCCUGGUUGGCAGGAAGCCUGCAGUCCCUUUCCCCAACCCACUGCCCCCCAAGGCUGCCAGGGCCUGUGUGCAUACACUGGUGGGUUGGACAUUGCUGGAUAACUCUGAUUUCAUAUUGAUGUAAAAAAAAUGUAUACUGAGCACCUUU